UGCCCGAGUCAUCGUUUUGAGUGCCGAGCGGCGGCGGGCUGUGUAGCGUUGCGGUGGUGCCGAUGGUGCUUAUGACUGAGCAGGGGUGCGAUACUGACGAGCCGAAGGUUGGGCGAGCUGCCGGCAGGCGGGAAAACAGGGGCGUUUUGCGGCUUUCAGAUGGAGAAAAUGGACCAGAUGAAAAAUGGAAGACAGGAAAGUCACCUACUGCACUGCUGCAGACCCCUUCCAGUGAAAUGUCGUAUUUUGAUGACCAGAAAAAAAUUGAUGUUGCUAGGUCAAAGAGCAGCACAGAUAGUUCAAUCCUGACAAUGGAUAUCAAGAGUGAUUCCAAGACUGAAAGGAAAAAACAUGCUUCAAAUCAGCUGAAGGCAAAUGCACAAUUUCAUAAGCUAUUUCUAGAUGUUCCCAUUGAUGAGCCACUGAAACAAAGCUUUACGUGUGCUCUGCAGAAAGAAAUUCUGUACCAAGGAAAGUUAUUCCUUUCUGAAAACUGGAUCUGCUUCCAUUCCAAGGUUUUUGGCAAAGAUACAAAGAUUAGUAUACCUGUACUUUCAGUGACACUUUUGAAGAAAACCAAAACUGCUCUUCUUGUGCCAAAUGCUCUGAUCAUAGCAACAGUUACAGACAGGUACAUGUUUGUGUCCUUACUCUCCAGAGAUACCACAUACAAGCUGUUAAAAUGUAUCUGUAGACAUCUUGAGAAUAGAAGCGUGGGCAACAGUCCAAAUCCAUCUUCUGCAGAGAACAGCUUCGGAGCUGAUCGUCCUACAACCCUGCCCCUGGAUUUCAAUGAAGACUAUUCUGAUCUGGAUGGAAUAGUACAGCAGCGGAGACAGGAGAUGGGAGAGUCCAGCAGUACAGGCUCUCAGACUCCAGAGCUGGAAUGCUUCCAAGAUUAUCAUGUUGUUGAGACACAGACUCAGUUAAAAGUUUCCAAGACCGAAGCGAAGUCUGCCCGUUCAGAUGCACACAGUAAAUGCGGACCUGAUGGAAGAGCCCGGAGCAGUCCUCAGAAUGGCCAUGCUAAAGCCUUUGGAUUUUUCAAAAAAGUGAAGUCUCAGAAGCUCUUAUCUCUGAACCACAUACUUAUAUUUUAUGCCAUUCUUGUUUGUGUAUUAGUAUUUUCUACUUGUUACAUGAGAUACAAAAUCAGUAUCUUGGAGGAACGUCUUCUUUCCAUCACAUCCUUUGAUUCACAUAUUAAGGAAAGCCCAGCACAAGGUUUGGGAUCUCAUCUGCAAAUUAAUACCGAUGCUCUUUGUGAUGAGUUAACUGCUAAUCUUAUAGUAUUGGAAAAGAUACAAAACAACUUACAAAAACUACUCAAAGAUGGUGAAUGAAAUACCAGUAUUCUUGGAUGGCUUUAGACUUCAUUCUUCUCUCAUCAUACAAUUGUUUCCUUUGGAAAAGACGUGAGAUUAAGUCCAAACUAUUCCAAAGGAGAUCUGCUGGCCAGAGUUCAAACUUCUUUAUUUUCAGUCCAAGCCAACUGUAAACUACUGUAAAGCUCAUGUCAUAAUGCAGAAAAGUCACUUUGUUCUCAAGCGUGUACCUGUAUGUUUUAAAAGCAUGUAUGUUUUGAUCUACAUUUAUCUAUGUUUCGAAAAUAAGGGGAUUUUCUUUCUCUGUGUGUGAAUUAAUGACUGUUAUACCUUAUUUGGUUCUAGACAUACUUAUACCAGUGCAAAGCUGCUGCAACUCCUUUUAUAUCACCGUUUGCUUUCUGGCUAUUGUCAUAGAGAUGUAAAUAGGAAGAAUUUUAGUUGUGACUCCUGUGCUGAAGUACUGUGUAAAUAAGCUGGUGUGUCACAAUGGUUAUGGAUCAGUCUUAUGCUCUUCAUUUUUACUAUUGUGUGCCCUUGCAUCUUAAAGAAAUCAAACACCUGGACUGGAUUAUGUGACGUUCUGAAUGUUCAACGUGUUCUCUGAUCUCAGCUGCUGUAAAACGGCAUAAUUCCACUUUCUGUGGUAUUGCAUCACUGAGGGUAAGGUCUGUUACUACUGGGCAUUCAAUUUUCAUUAAGUCAAGCUUGGAAUAUAUGUGUACUUGCCAUUUUAUAAUCAGGUUCCUUAUGAAUAGCAGUAUGAGUGUGACAUCUGCACAAAUAAGGAGAACUGCGAGGUCCACUCAUUAUCUCUGUUCCGUAAAGUAAUCAGUAUGAAGACUCUCAGCCAGCUGACUCCCAGGUCAGCUUUCUUUGGAGUUGUGUGGAGAUUUGGUUAGUUGAACAAGUGCAGUUUUGCUCCAGUUGAUGAGAAUCUAGUCUUGAUAUGCAGCUGCAGAGACUGGGUAUUUCUACAUAAUAGGAACUAGCAAAUUAACGAUGCAGCAAUACAAUCAGAGUGAAUGCAGAAGUAGACAUCUGCUUUGUUAUGCUAUUAUUUUCUUUCUUCACAGUGCCUAAGUUGGGAUAACUGGGGAUUUUGGGUUUCUGAUUCACCAAGCAGGUUGCGUAGUUUUUAAAAAAGUAAUAUUUAGGAUAAUAACUAGUAUCUGUAAAAUGACAGUAUUGUUUAUAAUAUGCCAUGUGUUUUAUAACCAUUUCUGUGAAAUGUGCCUAUGGUGUUUAAAUAAACGUUUAUAAAACAA